AUGUUUGGAGGCCCAGGGCCUGGGGGCCUGGGAGCCCAGGGCAUGGCAGGACCCCUGCGGGGCAGGGUGGAGGAGCUGAAGCGGCCAUGGUGGCGGGAGAGCUCACCACUGGUGCUUCAACACAGCGAGGCAGCCCGGCUGGCAACCGACGCCCUUCUGGAGCGGGGUGAGGCCGCCUACCUGCGGGUCAUUUCUGAGGAGCGGGAACUGCCUUUUUUGAGCGCCCUGGAUGUGGACUACAUGACCAGUCAUGUGCACGGGAGUCCUGAGCUUGGAGAAGCCCAGGGACUGGAGGCCUCAGGGCCAGACCACCUCAGCCUGCUCUCCGAAGUCACCUCAGGCACUUACUUUCCCAUGGCAUCUGACAUAGACCCCCCAGACCUGGACUUGGGCUGGCCCGAGGUUCCACAGGCCACGGGCUUCAGCCCUACCCAAGCUGUGGUCCACUUCCAGCGGGACAAGACCAAGAACAUCAAAGACCUCCUGCGUUUCCUCUUUAGCCAGGCACGCAUGGUGGUGGCUGUGGUGAUGGACGUCUUCACCGACAUGGAGCUUCUCUGUGACCUCAUGGAGGCCUCCAGCCGGCGUGGUGUCCCCGUCUACCUGCUUCUGGCUCAGGAGCACCUGAGGCACUUCCUGGAAAUGUGCUACAAGAUGGACCUCAAUGCGGGGCACCUGCCGAACAUGCGUGUGCGGAGCACAUGUGGGGACACAUACUGCAGCAAGGCAGGUCGCCGCUUCACCGGGCAGGCCCUGGAGAAGUUCGUCAUCAUCGACUGCGAGCAGGUGGUGGCAGGCAGCUACAGCUUCACCUGGCUUUGCAGCCAGGCCCACACGAGCAUGGUCCUGCAGCUGAGGGGCCGCAUCGUGGAAGACUUUGACCGGGAGUUCCGCUGUCUGUAUGCCGAGUCACGGCCUGUGGAGGGCUUCAGUGUUGGUGAGGAUUCCAGGGCACAGUGCCCUCCCCCGGUGGCCCUGGCCUUCAGGCACAGCAUCCCAAGCCCCAUGUCCUCAUCGCCCUCCAGCACCAGCCUCAACAGCAUCAAGUGCUCCCCUCUCAUGGGCCGCUCCUCCUACCUUGCGCUACCAGGAGGUGGUGGCUGCAGUGACACGGGUAUGGAGUCCUCUUCCUCAGGCCCUGCCCGUUGUGAGGCCAGUGACCAGCCCUCCCUGCAACGUCAGCUGUCAGAUCCUAACCAUAGCUCCCUACCAGGGCCCUACAGGGCCAACCUGGGCAAGCUGGGAACAUCUCCAUGGUCCCAGUCUUCCCCUGCCCUCAACCACAAUAGCACCAGCCUCUUGACCCGGGCAGCGGGGUCACCUCUGCUUGCUCGCCCACGCCCCCUCCUCCCCUACCCCCGGGGUGUCCCAGGCCUGUCACGGCUCCCAGAGAAUGGGCUCCUGGGAAGCCAGGAGCCUAGUCCCCCACGAGGUCGCUGGCUACCUGGCACAGCCCUGGAGGAGAAGAAGGUGUCUCUGAGUCAGAGCCAUGGCCAGCUGGAUCUCCUCGUCCCCUUCUCCAGAGACCAAGAAGCAGGAGGCCCUGAUUCUGGGGUUACUCCCAACUCAGACUCCCUUUGGCCUGGAGAGCAGGCCCCAGAUGAUAAAAAGUUGUCCCUAAAACAAAGAUACAACCAGCUGGAUCUCCUGCCUCGGGCCCAGAGUGCCGGGGUUGCCCCUGAGUCAGGUUCCCCCAGACUUGGCAAUCGGACACCAGAGGACAAGAGGCUAUCUUCAAACCACAGCUAUGGCCAGUUGGACCUCCUGGUACAGUACCCCAAAGCCAGGGGCUCCAGAGUGCCCCCUGAAGCCAACUCCUCAGCCAGGGCUGGCAAGCAGGGUCCAGAUGAGCGACGGCAGACCUUGGGCCACAGCCAGCUGGACCUCAUCACAAAAUUUGGCCCAUUCCGGGCUGAGGGACCUGGGCCCAAUGGUCUCCCUGGACCGAACCCUGCUCGCAAGCCUGGAGUAGGCUCUGGGGAUGAGAAGCGGCUGACUUUGGGCCAUAGCAAGCUGGACCUCAUCACCAAAUAUCAUCAGUUGCAGAGAGCCAGGCAGGGACCUGAGCCUGGCCUCCCCGGCGGCCCUGCAGGUGGCCAUUGCAAUGGUAGUAGCAGUGGCCCAUUUGGGGAUGAGAAACGGAUGACCCUGGGCCACAGCAAACUGGACCUCAUCACUAAGUACAACAAGUCCAAGUUCAAGCUACUCAAAAGCCGCUUUGAGUCCUAAUCUUGCUACCAGCCGGGACAUGUCCCUUUUCCAUCCACUGAGGCUCUAAAUUUGCUCUGGGUGGGAGCUCAGGCAGGGGCUGCAUGAGGAGG